GUGUAUUGUCUGCACUCUGAAUAGAAUGAUAGUUGAGAUCAUCAACACAAUUUACACCCACUCCAACUCUACGAUCAUGGCAUCUUCUGAAGCUGAAGUUACACACACCAUCGCAUCUUUGUAUGAUGCGAUGGGUGUAAAGUAUGAAAAGGCAUUUGCUGAUAUGCCAGCCCGACAAAAGUCUCUUGAGUGGCUCCUCUCUCGUCUUCCCCGCACAGGUUGCAAAAUUCUCGACAUUGGCUGCGGAACCGGCUGUCCUGUAGCCCAGGUCCUAUCUUCUGCUCCUCACAAUCACCAUGUGCAUGGCAUCGACGCUUCGGAAACAAUGCUCUCUGUCGCUCGCCAAUCGGUUCCCUCGGCGACUUUUCAGCUGAUUGACGCCCGCAAAUUCGAGGCAGAAGAAGCGAGCUAUGAUGCUGUGACGUCGUAUUUUGCUCUGCUUAUGGAUAUUUCACAUGAUGAGAUACGAGAGACGAUACAAAAGAUUUUCAAUUGGCUGAAACCUGGUGGAUUCUUUAUUCUGGGAACAGUUCCAGUUGAUCUCGAACUUGCGUCAGCGAAAUGGCUGGGCAAGAGAGCGCUAUUGACUUCAAUGUCGGAGGAGAAUUACGUUACGGCCUUGAAGCAGGUGGGCUUUGUUAUAGAAUUCUCCGAGGUGGAGAAUUUUAUACCAAAAGCUGUGGAAGCCGGCAUUUGUGAUGAGGAUGACGUGGUAGAGGAAGCCCAACUGUUUAUAUAUGCACGAAAGCCGUAGUUACCGCGAAUAUUGUGUUCUCUUUAUAAGAUGGAAACCUGAAUAUAUAACUGCUAUAUGUUUCUCUUAUACAUCUGUACUUAUCAUGUACAAUGCAU